AUGCAAUUCAAUACAAACCUCACCACAUUGACUCAAACAGCUCAGCCAACGGCUCCGAGUGCUGUGAUAUGCCCUAACGCCAGCUUGAUGGACACUUUUGAGCGAUUUGAACCUCGCCUUAACCUUGAGGAUGAUGAAGAUAUCUUUGCAGUAAUGGAUUUGGCAACAAAGGAACCUCAAGAAGGUACAGUAACUCAACAAGGAUGGGUUUUAAAUUUGGUGUUUGAUGCCAUUGUUGGGUACUUUGGAGGUCCACAGGCAGUUGCAGUGAUUCAGGGCAUGAGGCUAUUUAUUGGGCUAGGCAAAACCCAUAAAAAAGUUGUUUCCAAGUUGUACCGUUCUUUGAUAAACAGGUGGUAUGGUCAAGUUAUCGUUCCUAAGGGUACAGGCUUUGUGAAGACCUUCAUGAUAACUUUGAGGUUGGCUGAUAAGUACGUUGCUGAGAACCAUAGGGAGUUCUCACAGAGACAGGUGUACAGAGAAUUUCGUGGUUUUGCAAGUAAACACCAAUAUCUCAUUGAUACCGGGAGGAAGGAGUUUAGAAACGUUCAUGUUGUUGAUGAUUUAAACAAUCUCGCUAGUAUUGACAUUGGUGAAGUUAACUCUGCGGAGAGGGUGGUACUCGGACCUGAUUUCAAAUACAAAAUCUCAGUUGAAGUUGGAGAAGGUGGAUUGUGGUUGGACUUUGAAGCAGAGUCCAGAGCACCUAAAGGUAAAGAUAUCGUUGUUAAUGACAGAAUCUUCUUACCUAGGAUGAUUGAUAAUUUACCACAGGGAUUGACAACAGAAGAUGCUGUUGAAGAGUUGGUAAAAGGGUUUGAUGAUGGUCUACUCGAUGAUGAAUUCAUCAAUAAUCUAGUCAAAAUUGCUUGA